UUGCWRUGGUUUCUYUUAUUUGUAUYUAUGGCACUCUGGCUUCACUGGUGAAUGGCAUCUUCUCACAGAGAGUGCUACCAAUGGGUCCAUCAAUUAUAAAGGAAAAGGUAAAGCAGGAAACAUCCGAAGAUCCACCCUGUCCGUUGGCAUCUUCCCGUGUCACCAGUGGUCUCCUGAAGAUCGCUCACCUUCUUGAGGUGGGGGGAGUAUGUGGGAUACCUACAGAUACUGUUUAUGCUCUGGCUGCUUCCUGCAAGAAUCCCAAGGCGAUAGAGAAAAUCUACAACAUUAAAGACAGACCAGCAGAGAAGCCUAUAUGCAUUUGCAUUUCCAGCGUGGAGCAGCUGGUUUCAGCCAAACCACCCUUCAGCCCUCUGCUGUGGGAGUUCAUGAAGAACGUAUAUCCUGGAGGCAUCAGCUGCAUUGUCAGAAAAGGAGACUGGCUGUUUAAUUUAGGUGUAGGACCAGCUAUUGAUCGUGUCGGUACCAGAGACAGCAUCAUGAUCCGUGUCCCUGACCACACGGUGACCUGUCACUUAUGUGACAUCACCGGACCUCUGGCGAUCACAUCAGCCAAUCCCAGCGGAGAGUCAGACAGCACSCACCACAGCAUGGUCAUCAACCGACUAGGCCACAAGAUCCAAGGAGUUCUUUGUGACGGAGAGUCAAAUGAACUUGUUGCUUCCACCGUGGUCAACUGUCUACAGAUUGAUGAAGGUAUCAUCAGCAUUGUGAGAGAAGGCUGUGUUCCUGCCAUUAAAGUCCAACAGAUCUUUGACAGACUGAAAAACACAAUGGCGUGAGAGUGUCCUCGCAGUGAUCUGAUCUCCUUUGGUUGUUAUUCUGUGCAGCAACAGACGUAUAGGCAAAUGCUACAACAGUUUGUUUAUUAUAGAUUUAUCUGAAGAUGUGACAGAUAUCUAAACAGUAAACAUAUUUUUCUACUGAAUUUAGGAUUUAUAUUUAUCUGAACAAUCACAACUAAAGCACCACAAUUCAUUAAAAUCAAGUUUUGCAUACCGAAACUGCAGGAAAAUUCAAACACAUUCAAGCCAGUAUCCAAAAAUAUAUGCUGUAAAACGGUUGUGAUUCUGUAAAUAUUUAUUUAUACUUUUAAACUGUACUUUUGCACAUAUCAUAGGUUUCAAAUUGUAAGCGAGUACAUGUUGUAUGUUUUUAAGCUGUGUGAAUUUUUGAACUGAAUAAAUUUGCACAA